AUGAAGGACAAUGAUCUUAGGCCAGUAGAAUCGGCGCAGUCUCUCGCUGCGACCUUUUCACCCAUCAGGGAAGUUCUCUUUGUCGCCGUGGUUUGUAUGGGCCAAUUCAUGACCCAGACCAACAUUGGAGUAUGUUUAUCACCACUCGAUAUCGUCGGCAAUAGCUUCGGAAUAACCGACCCCGGAGUUUUAAGCUGGUUCAUGGCCGGCUACUCACUCACCGUGGGGACAUUCAUCCUGAUCUCUGGCCGAUGUGGUGAUCUUUUCGGAUACCGUCUGAUGUUCAUCUCCGGGUUCUGUUGGCUUGCGGUCUGGUCUCUUGUUGCCGGGCUGAGCGUCUAUUCGAACUACAUUCUGUUCAUCUUUGCCCGCGUUCUUCAAGGACUAGGCGGCGCUAUGCUUUUGCCAAAUGCACUGGCUCUCCUUGGAGCAACCUACCAACCCGGGAAGCGAAAGAACAUGAUAUUCGCCAUCUUUGGUGCCGCCGCUCCCAACAGUGCUCUGCUCGGAACUGUCUUCGGUGCGCUUUUCUCUCAAUUAGCUUGGUGGCCAUGGACAUACUGGUCACAAGCACUCGUUUCCCUCGUUUGUGCCGCGUUGGGCCUUGCGGUCAUUCCAUCCAUUCACCACGAUGCACACUACGACAAAUCCCUGCUGGGCUUGCUCAAAGCCCUCGACGCACUUGGAGGGGUCUGCGGAAUCGGCGGACUAGUUCUGGUCAACAUAGCUUGGAACCAAGCGCCCAUUGUGGGAUGGAGCGAGCCCUAUGUCUAUGUGAUACUGAUCGUAGGCAUCCUCUUCAUUGCUGCAUUCUUCUAUGUGGAGUUUUGUGUCGCCGAACACCCCCUCAUCCCAUUCCACGCCUUCAGUCGUGACGUCUCCUUUGUCCUUGGCUGUGUUGCCUGCGGUUGGGGCUCAUUCGGAAUCUGGAUUUAUUACUUCUGGCGGUUUCAAGAGAAGUUCCGUCUCGCCACGCCUCUCCUGGCAUCUGCCGAAUUCGUCCCCGUCGGUCCGAUGGGGAUCAUUGCAUGUGUUGUCACUGGAUGGUUGAUGGGUCACAUGCGCCCUGGGUGGAUCAUGGUACUGUCAAUGAGCGCGUUCACCUUGGGCAAUGUGUUGAUCGCAAUUGCACCGGUCCACCAGACUUACUGGGCGCUGACCUUUGUUUGCCUUUUGGUGAUUCCAUGGGGCAUGGAUAUGUCAUUCCCCGCAGCUACUCUGAUGCUUUCAAACUCGGUUGAACGAAAGCAUCAGGGUGUCGGCGCAUCUUUGGUCACCACCAUUGUCAACUACAGCAUUUCCCUGAGUCUGGGUUUCGCUGGUACGGUGGAGGUCCACGUGAACAAUGGAGGCCGCACACCGGCCGAUGUAUUGAAAGGGUACAGAGGCGCCUUAUACAUGGCCAUUGGUCUCGGUGGUCUUGGGAUGUUUCUCAGUGCGAUAUAUACCUUCAAGGGAUAUCGAAGCGAGAGAUUGUCCAAGAAGAGUCACGACGAAGAAGCCAAACAGGUGCAAAAUUCAUUCAAGCCCACAAACUAA